GGGGAGGGCAUACUCUGGGUAUUGUAGGCUUAUAGAAAACAUUUACGACAGACGGCUUUACGGCAUGCCGUGAACUGCGAGCGCAGACGCAGUCGGCUGACCUUCCGUGGUUCUCGAGCAAGCAUGGCAAACCGGGCGCUGAUGAAAGGCCUUCUGGGGCUACGACACUCACGGGCUGUUACAAUCGGAUACUCCUGUGUUGGUGGACAUCAUUAUGCUACUGCAGAGUCCGUCAAACCACCUCUGCCCCAAGUUCAGGAUUUUACAGAAAAAAUAUUAAACGUGCCUCUCGAGAAGCCGGACUUUUUCCGUGUGUCGGAGCUCUUCUCACUGAAAGAUCUGUUCGACGCCAGAGUCCAUCUUGGCCAUAAAAAGGGUUGCAGGCACAGGCUUAUGGAGCCUUACCUCUACGGCUGCCGUUUGGAUCAUGAUAUAAUUGAUCUCGACCAGACUGUGGAGCAUCUUCAGCUUGCUCUGAAUUUCACUGCCCAUAUAGCAUAUCGUGGUGGCAUCAUACUGUUUAUCAGUCGCCGGCGUCAGUUUUGCCAUCUGGUGGAGAAGACUGCGAAGGAUUGUGGGGAGUAUGCCCACACGCGGUAUUGGCAAGGUGGCCUGCUUACCAAUGCCAACAUCCAGUACAGCCCAGGAGUCCGCUUACCAGACCUCAUCGUCUUCCUUUCCACUCUCAACAACGCGUUUCAACAGCACGUAGCAAUCAGAGAUGCGGCAAAGAUGAACAUUCCCACUGUGGGUGUGGUGGACUCAAACUGCAACCCCAGCCUGGUGACGUACCCUGUGCCCGGGAACGAUGACACUCCAGCUGCCGUGGAGCUUUACUGUCGCUUAUUCAAGAUGACUAUCAACCGUGCCAAGGACAAAAGGAGACAGAUGGAGCUAAUGUACAGCCUAUCAGCACCCUCCACCCCAAGCUCAUGACUUAAGAUAUUCUGAAAAAUGCAUUGAUAAAUAGACAGUCUGCUGCUCCCCUUCGUCAUGCAUCUGCAUUUGGAAAAGCUCUGAAGCUUGUGUUUGGGACUGAGUUAAAUACGCCACAGUACAGUGUAUGUGUGUUACGACUUAAGAAUGAAUCUUGUUUCUAUGACUUAUAACUGCCUGGUUUUAAUUUAAAUUUUUUUUGUUUUGUUUGUUUGUUUUUUUACAGUAGAUCGUCAAAGAUGAAUCUGUUGCAGCAGGUUCAUCCAAGUUUAACUGUUGUGCACCACUGAUAUAACAGUCAUUUAUAUGGAUUCUCUGUCAGCACUUGUUACUCUUGUAUUCACAUUCAUGCUCACUUGUUUGUAGAACAUAAUAACUAAAGCCCCUCAAAUACAA